AUGGCGAGCUCAGAUCUCCCCCCUCGUUCGCCAAUCGUGACCGUGGAACACCAUGUCGGCCCCGUCUCCAAAUCAUCUCUCCCCAUCGUCCCCCCCGACGCCGAGUCCAAAGACCCCUCCUCAUCGAUAGGCGGCGAGUUGGCAGAACCCGCCGCCCUCCCCCAAGGGACCAUCGACCCUAUCUACGAGGCAAAAGCGCGGAUCCUGAACCAUGCUAUCCAGGAGAUCGGGAUGGGAUGGUACCAGUGGCAGCUGUUCAUCGUCGUCGGCUUUGGCUGGGCUAAUGAUAAUCUCUGGCCCAUUGUCACAUCCCUCAUCUUCACGCCAAUCGCGAAUGAAUUUCUUCCACAUCGGCCUCCCCUUCUCACGCUCGCCCAGAAUAUUGGACUCCUUGCCGGCGCUGUGUUUUGGGGCUUUGGCUGUGAUGUGUUUGGCCGCAGGUGGGCUUUCAAUCUCACCCUCGGGGUGACAGCAGUCUGGGGCAUGAUUGCGGCCGGCGCUCCCAACUUUGCUGCCAUCGGCUGCUUUGCUGCCCUGUGGAGCUUUGGCGUUGGCGGGAACCUCCCCGUCGACUCGGCCGUCUUCCUCGAGUUCCUCCCCGGCUCGCAUCAGUACCUCCUGACCAUCCUAUCUGCCGACUGGGCAGUCGCUCAGGUCGUAGCCACGCUGGUUGCCUGGCCCCUUCUCGGAAACCUGACAUGUCAAGAGAAUACCACGUGCACCAAAUCGGAGAACAUGGGCUGGCGGUAUUUUGUCAUUGUGAUGGGUGGCAUUUCGUUGAUCGAGUUUGGGAUUCGUUUUGCAUGCUUUACGGUCUUCGAGUCUCCCAAGUAUCUGAUGGGUAAGGGUCAGGACGCAGAGGCUGUCAGAAUUGUACACGAGGUGGCGAGGAGGAACGGCAAAACUUCAAAUUUGACGCUUGAAGAUUUACAAGCAUGCGAUCCGGAGGGAACGGGCACGCAGACGGAUGCCGCAGCCGCUUUGAAGCGCAAACUGGAGAAGUUCAAUCUCUCGCACGUGCGGGCACUCUUUGCGACCCCGAAGCUGGCGUUUAGCACAGGCCUGAUCAUGUUGGUCUGGGCAUUGAUAGGUCUUGGAUUCCCCCUGUACAAUGCCUUCCUGCCAUACAUCCAAGCGACGCGCGGUGCGAAGUUCCAUGACGGCUCUACAUACAUCACCUACCGCAACUCCCUGAUCAUCGCCGUGCUCGGGGUCCCAGGGGCCCUGAUCGGCGGCCUGCUCGUCGAGAUCCCGCAAUUCGGGAGAAAGGGUGCGCUCGCCAUGUCCACGAUCCUCACGGGUGUGUUCCUGUACGCAUCCACGACGGCUACGACAUCCAACGCCCUACUAGGCUGGAACUGCGCGUACAAUUUUUGUUCGAAUAUAAUGUAUGCAGUGCUCUAUGCUUACACCCCAGAGGUCUUCCCGACCAAGGACCGCGGGACGGGCAACGCACUGGCGGCGACAGCGAAUCGCAUCUUUGGCAUUGUGGCGCCUAUCAUCGCCAUGUUCGCAAACCUGCAGACCUCGGCGCCAGUGUACACGAGCGGCGCUCUCUUCAUCGCCGCGGGGCUCUUUGUCAUUGUGCUUCCCUUCGAGCCGCAGGGGAAAGCCAGUCUCUAA